CGAAGGAAGCUGUAUAAACUGCCCCGGUGACCCACCAUAGGACGGAACGUCUUCAACCUCUCGCUACCUACCUCAGCCACCCUGCCCCUUGGUCCUCGUCAUGGGGCGGAAGAAAGAACAAAAGGUUAUCAAAAAGAAGGGUUCUCGUGGGCAGGAGAAUGGAGGUCCCACGAUGAUGGUGAAGAUGUUGGUACUCCUGUGUGUGGUGAGCAGCAUGGCCCUCGUCCUUCAACUCAACCUCACCAACCAGCAGAACCUCAUGCUCAGGAACAUCAAAGGAGCAGACGAACCAAGAAUGUGGUCAGCCCAGCGAGCUAUACCUACAUGCCGCCCGCGCCGUCAUCUAGUCUUCCUUAAGACCCACAAAUGCGGUUCGUCUACCAUCCAGAACGUUUUGAUGCGCUACGCUGAUGCCAAUAACCUGUCCGUGGCACUGCCUUACUCUGGCCAGUACCUAGAUGACGUCGCCGUGGGCCAGAGUAUCAAAGUACGAGAGCUCAAGGCGUCACCCUUCGCUCCCCCGACAGGAAAGUACCACUUCCUCAUCCACCACACUAGACUCAACGUCCGCGCCAUACAACAGCUGACCUACGAUGACUCGGUGUGGGUGACCAUCGUUCGAGAGCCUUCAGCUGUCUUCGAAUCCAUGUUCCACUACUACCAUCUGCACAAGUUCUACGGGGCCACCUUUGAUCACCUCGUGUGGAAGCUGGAGGGCAACCCAACCAGCAAAGCCAAGUUCAAGAAUGCUAACAACAGGUACAUGGGACGACUAGGGAGGAACCAGAUUACGUGGGACAUGGGCCUUGACGACCUGGACAUGCGCCAAGAAUCUCUACUGAAGGAAGCCAUUAACAUCCUGGACCAAACCUUUCAUCUAGUUUUGGUGGCGGAGCGUAUGGACGAGUCACUGGUGCUUCUCAGACAUUUGAUGUGCUGGACCGAGGAGGACGUGGUUGCUAUGGCCCGCAAUGUACGCAAGGACCGCUACCGUAGUUACCUUAGUGAGCACUCUGUCAACACGCUGGAGCACUUCAACGCUGCCGAUGUCAAGUUGUACGCCUACUUUAAGGACAGGUUUGACAAGCAUGUGGAAGCCUUCGGGCGUGGGCGGAUGGAGGAGGAGGUAACGAGCUUAAGAGAGAUGAGAGAUAAGGUAUGGAAGGAAUGUGGGUUGAAGGAGACGAACUCAGUUUCGAAGCGACGUGCACACAAAGACAUGGAGAGAUACCUGGUAGUCCAAUACAAGGUUCACAACAAUGGCUCCACCAGACAACAGAAGUACUGCACCGACUUGGUGAGAUCCAGUAUAGAGUAUACACAGAAGCUCCGCUGGAAGCAGUACAGCCGCUUCCACUUCAACAUCAACAACCCCUGGAACCUCACCUGGUCACUCCCCUCCCCCAAGAGGAAGUCCAGGAUUAAGUCAAGGAGGUCGUCUGUCUCCAAAGGCCGUAGGUACCAACAGAGGGCAUGGCGCCUCGCCCACCACCAUCCUCCCAAGGAAAAGGUCAAAGGCAGAGUCCUCGCCUCAAGCACAACUGAGAAAUUUCACUUAGAUUAAUAGCUUUUUUUUUUUUUUUUUUGCAGGAGGUGGUAAAGGAAGAUAAUCAAAAGCAUUUCAAGAAUAAGGAAUAAUAAAUUCGAUUUAUUUCUCUUUUGUGAUGAAUGAGAAAUAAUUGAACUUUAUUUUUUGUAUUAUAAAACGAUUAGAAAUUUUAGGGGAUCUAUAAUAAAUGAAACAUCUCAAGAUGGGCAAUAAACAGCGCCCAAUGUUCUCCUUUGCUACACUACUGAUUUUUUUUUCUGAUACUCAAGGAAGCUACAUCAGACACAAGCACAUCUGCCUUGUUUAACAGCAGUUCUCUUAUACUGCCUGCAGUGAUGACCCGCAUCUUCUGAAACAUCCUUCUUCUCUCGAUGGGAACUAAGUGAUGACUGCCUCAGUUAAAUGGUAGAUGAGUCACUGUGUUCAGGUGCCACUGGGAAAAUACAGCGCUUCCAUCUGUUUUUGGUCACUGGCUGAAGUAUUAGUUCAAGGCUCGCAUCUGAGUAAGGGGGUACAAAAUUUUUUACAUAUGGUCACCUUCUCAAAGGUGGCACCUAGGAAUAGUGCAGCUGGGUGGAUAUAAACGAACCAACAGCCUUAGACAGGAAGAGGUCUAUAAAUUAGUUCGUAUUGAUAUAACUAAAAUUUAUUGAAAUCAGUAUACUGUAUACAUAUACUGCUCUGCAUAUCUUAUUGUCGAAUAAGGAUAUUUAGAGAAUCUUUACUACGUGUUAUCAAAUUUUUCUUCACAUUCAACAGAAUUCACACACAACAGUUUAAGGGGCCACAUCAAAGGCCAGGAUGAGGUACGUAGAGUUAUGUCCUAUAUACCAAAGACAUGUUCUACCAGACCAAAGACUGCAUCACCAGGUUAGACAGAUAUUAUGCAGUAAAAUCACCAUACAAUUUCAUAAUGAUUCGGCAUAGUACACAGACACUGCAGGUAUACAAUGAAUUCGGGAAUAAAACCAUAUACAGUACAAACAAUACACAUAGCCUACAGGUGCAAACAAUAUACACAGACUACACACACGCUGGCAAACAGUAAGUUCAUACAAACAAGGGUAACCUAACAAAACCACAUUAUAGGUUCAUUUAAAUUCACUUUAAUAAGUUAUGUAGUAUUCUCCCCCAGCCCAGGUGAAUUUUUGUACGUGGAGGCCACCUUAAUUAUUGAUAGAUGACAUGAAACUAAUUCACCAGGUAGUAGAUAGAAAGCAGCUACCAAACAGGAAGGUACUACCGCCUGGGAAGAUAUUGGAAGCAUAAUGUAUUGUCUAAU